AGGGACCAACCAUUCACCUUCCCCUAAAGCUCAACAAGCCUCAGUCGGGAAACACCCCGGAAAGAAUGGCGAUGAACUGGCUACGCUUUUCUGUCCUCGUCUUCGGGGUUUUGUCGCUGUGCCUCGCCACGUCUGGUGACACCAGUGGUGUGAAGAAGAUGAAAAUGCAGUUCGCUGCAGGGCCCCUGCUGAAGUUUCAAAUUUGCAUCUCCUGAGGGUACAAGCGGGUGUUUGAGGAGUACACGCAGGCUUUGUACCAGCGGUACCCAGACAUCCGCAUUGAGGGGGAGAACUACCUUCCUAUACCCGUCUAUCGGCAUAUUGCUUCUUUCCUGUCUGUCUUCAAACUGCUGGUGAUCGGUCUCAUCAUUAUUGGGAAGGAUCCGUUUGCCCUGUUUGGUGUUCAAGCCCCAGGUAUCUGGGAGUGGGGCCAGGGAAAUAAGAUAUAUGCGUGCAUGAUGGUGUUCUUCUUCAGCAAUAUGAUCGAAAAUCAGAUGAUGUCUACAGGGGCUUUCGAAAUCACAUUAAAUGAUGUGCCAGUGUGGUCCAAAUUGGAGUCUGGUCACCUGCCCUCCAUGCAGCAACUGGUGCAGAUCCUGGACAAUGAGAUGAAGAUGAAUGUCCACAUGAACACAAUGCCACACCACCACUCCUAACACCGCUCUUCACUGUGUGGCAGCAGCUAAAGCCCCUCCAUGUUUGAGGUGGGACUCUCCUGGGGCUGUGACGGGAUGUUUAUGAAGGUCUGCGCUGAAGGCAGGAAGACUGCCAGCGCAGACUGGAUGCCCUCAUUGUCGUCACCAUGCCCCUUAGGGAUGCCCCACCACUGACGCCAGAGUGGGAUUCACAGCGCGCCUGCCAGCCAGUUGGUCCUUUUCUUGUACUAUUUACUUCUUACCCCAGCAGAUAUCACAUUAGGAGAGAUUUGACAUCCAUGAGUGCAUCUUCAGUAGUCUAACUGGUUGCAUCUUAUUGAUCAUUGUGAUUGAAUUAAUUAUCAUUUAUACCACUGAGCCAAAUGUAGAAUUAUUAAAGGUUUAUUGUAAGAGUAUCUAAUGCCCUGUAGAAAUGCACAUUUUGUCAUGCUAUUGUCAAAAUAACAUUGGAGAAAUUGUUUUGCUAUGAUUUCUGAGUAAUUUUUAUAUUUGCAUAACUUGGAAUGAGUUGAUACGAUGAAUAAAAACUAUUGUAACUGUGGAAA